AUGAUAUUUCCGUCCUUCAGCGUCCUCGCCGCGGCCUCGAGCCUGCUCGCUCUCGCCUCGGCGCACAACAUCCAAAUGAAAGCCUACAUGCGCGAAUGCUUCCACGAACAAUUGCACAAGGACGAUAAGAUGACUGUGACGUUUCAAGUGGGCGAUCGGGAGUUUGGCGGGAGCGGGAAUCUGGAUAUCGAUUUCUGGAUCGAAACCCCCUCCCGCGCCUACCAGGUCCACGAACGCGGCGUCUCCUCCGGCGACCACUCCUUCACCGCAACCGAAGACGGAAAAUACACCUACUGCUUCAACAACGAGCACUGGGGCGCGAACACAAAGGAGGUCAGCUUCAACGUCCACGGAAUAGUCUACGUGCCCGAGCACGAGGCGCCACAGGAUCCGCUCGAGAAAGAAAUCCGCUCCCUCUCCGAACUAGUCGCCCAAGUAAAAGACGAGCAAGGCUACAUCGUCGUCCGCGAGCGCACCCACCGCAACACCGCCGAAUCCACAAACUCGCGCGUAAAAUGGUGGAGCAUCUUCCAGCUCACGCUCCUCGUCGGAGAGGGCAUCUUCCAGGUCUGGUGGAUCAAGCGCUUCUUCGAGGUCAAGCGCCUCGUGUAG